AAGAAUUAAUAGUUUUCGAAACCCGUGGCUGCGACCUGGCUGUUGUAGUUAGCGUUUUUGAAAAAUAAAUGCGACAACCUAAUUUGUGACUGUAUGCAAACUGGUGAUACUGACUCCGCAGCGGCUGGUGAUAGUACUUAUUAGAUUGUUCUUUUUCUCACUUCACUUGAGAAAUCGUAGCGCACCCAAUUUUAUUUUCCAUACAUAGUUUUUCCCUUUUAGACACAGCUCGCUGUUUUAUGCUCUUUAUCGCGCGGAGUGUAUUGUCGUUUUUAUCAAAGACAAAAAACCCUCUCGUCGAGUUUUCUGAGCCAAGAAGACAUCGACACUUUUUCCGGUUGAUGUGUAAGAUUUGUUCGCGACCCUAACCCGUAACUUUUUACUCUGUAGGCUCUGUGCAAUCAGUACGCUGCAGGCUGUUUUGGGAGCACGCAAGGCAGCUUUAGAGUUUUCAAAAUUCUAGAGAACUACCACUUUCGACGACUCCGAGCAGCGCAUUAGAGGCAGCUGCUCUCCACACGACCAAACAGUUUUCGUCUUUGCUCUCCACCUGAUUUCUUUCUCUCUGUGAAGCAUAAAAACCGCAAAAUUUCUUUUCUAGGAGGACACAGCAAGACGGCGCAACAUUGCAACUACAACAAAUCAGUGAACUUCUUGUAGAUAUUCACCAAUAAUAAAGAAAGACUUUCACAGCAUAGAAAUACAGAAACUGCUGUGUCUCAUAGUUCUCAUUCUUAGACCGGUUGCACGACUGCGUAAUAAAUAUCUUCACUCGGUUCUUUUAUUUGAACCACAGAACUACGACCCAUCUUCUUCGGAUACUCUUAGACGAAGCGCCUUCCGUUGGAAUCUGUAUAUUUUUGACCCUGUGUAAAAAGCGUCUUGGAUAGUAGGAAUUGAUUUGCUGCGGUAGAAAAUAGAUAGAACAACAUAGAAACGACGCGGAAAGAGUAGAGGAGAUUCUUCUACUUUCAUCACGACGAGCAGUAGCAGACGACAGCGGUAGAGCAAUCCUAGCCGAACAAACGACGACCUUUGAGAAAAAACACAUCCCGACAGGAUGACGGACGAGCGCGCGAAUUUGGAAAGGUUGCUGCGGGCCGAGAACAUUCCGGAGGAGAGCAUUCGCCGGCUGCUGGAGGAGGGCUAUGACACGAAGAAUGUCAUCAAGUAAGAAGACUCUCAUUUAGUGAUACGCUUUCAUACCGAACAGUUCUUAAUCUUAGUGCGAGAACUACAGUGCGCACUUUUUUUGACGCGCUCUUGAAUACGCGUUAUAGAGAUGUGCAUGGUCGGCGCGGGGCGGGAAGAAGUCGUAGCAGGACUACUCCAUGUAUUUGUCUUCUGCUAUACGGGUCCCGUGGUCGUGAAGAAGGAGCUGUAAAUGGAAAAUACAAAACUACAGGGCAAUGAGCGUGGAACAGAUGGAAGAGAUUGGAUUGCGCAAGGGGGACAUUUCGAAGCUGAAGCUGGUGAUCUCGAAGUUGCAAAAUUCCGGACCCACGGCGUUCGAUCCCAUGGACUACCUGCGAAAGAAAUUUGCCUCCGUGUUGCAGUUCGGCGACGCGCCCCUCUGUCGCUUCUGCUCUGACUCCUGGGCAUCAGUCACCUCGGACACGCAACCAAUGAAGAAGAAAGUACGCGGCUUUCUUGAUGUUGACCUAAGUACCUAUCUUCGAGACGCGGUUCUAUUUCGGGCUUUGCAUGUUGAUCUACAACAUCUCUAGCACGGUAUCGCAAUAGACAUGAGGAGGUCUUCACUGGUGCACUCCACUCUUUCGAUCUUCUUGCAAAGUACUAAAACUUUUCAGAAUUAUUUACAAAAACAUUAUUCCUCAGAACUCCGCCCACGGUAGCUCGCUUCGCGGCGGCCAAAAUUCGCGGUUGUCUCAAACCUCGAAUACGGAAAACCCCACGGAGUCCUGCCCCCAGAACAAUUCCAUGGACUACUGCCCGCGGUCCCCGGAAGAAAUCACGAAACUGGUGUCGGUCUGGCAGAGCUACGCGCACCCCCGGGCCCGCAACUUCUUUGCCACCACCGAAAUGCUCGAGCACGUCCUGACGCAGGUGGCGCGGGGCGUCGACGCAGCAGACGACCCGAUCUUGGCGGACGGCGACAAAUGCAUCUUCUGGUACGGCGAUGUGACCAAGGAGGAGGAGGCGGCCAUCCGCAUGGUCAAGCCCGGCGAGGAAAAGGAGAGCAUCACGUACUGAUAAUUUUUUUUCAUUCUAAAUCAUCUAGAGGUUCUACUCUUUUGCGACCAGUAUGUCAUUGUUCUGCCCACGGACAAGUACUUAAAGCCUGGUGUCCUCGUCGCCAUUUUUUACUGACUUAGAGCUCGCGGACAAGAAGAACUUGUCUGCUUGGUGAUUUCUGAAAUGAUAUAAAUUAGAACACGUCCUCUCCACAGGUACGUGAAUCGCGUUCUGGCUUUCAUUUUUGCUACGGACGACUCCUUUCAAAAGCUGAUGGCCCUCCCGAAGACCCCGUUUAAGAUGUGCUGCCAGAACCAGCUGUGCAUCAACCUUUCCCACAUCUCUAGCUCGGCGGAGUGA